CCUCCAGCCGCAGCUCGCACCCCGGUGUCUGGGCUCCCGGUCCAGACUGAGAUCGCUGAGCUGCGCAGGGCCCCGCCCCGGGCUCCAUUGUUGAGGCAGCGGACGCUCCGCGGUCUGCGCUCCUUUCGGCCGUCCAGCGCUCACGAGCCACUGAAUCCUGAGCAAUGGAAGAAUUAAUAGUUGAACUCCGCCUGUUUCUGGAGCUCCUGGACCAUGAGUACCUCACGUCAACUGUCAGAGAGAAAAAGGCAGUGCUUACCAACAUCCUGCUUCGAAUGCAGUCAUCCAAGGGCUUUGAAGUGAAGGACCACGCGCAGAAGGCAGAGACCAACAACCUCCCGGCACCACCCCAGAUGCCUCUGCCAGAGAUCCCUCAGCCAUGGCUGCCUCCUGACAGUGGGCCUCCGCCGUUACCGACAUCCUCUCUCCCAGAGGGUUACUAUGAGGAAGCCGUGCCUCUGAGUCCUGGAAAAGCUCCAGAGUACAUCACCUCAAAUUAUGACUCUGAGGCCAUGAGCAGUUCCUAUGAGUCAUAUGAUGAAGAGGAAGAGGAUGGGAAGGGGAAGAAAACGCGGCAUCAGUGGCCAUCAGAGGAGGCCUCUAUGGACCUGGUGAAAGAUGCCAAGAUCUGCGCCUUCCUGUUGCGUAAGAAACGCUUCGGCCAGUGGACCAAGCUGCUCUGCGUCAUCAAAGACACCAAGCUGCUGUGCUACAAAAGUUCCAAGGACCAGCAGCCUCAGAUGGAGCUGCCCCUGCAGGGCUGCAGCAUCACGUACAUCCCGAGAGACAGCAAGAAGAAGAAACACGAGCUGAAAAUCACCCAGCAAGGCACAGACCCUCUGGUCCUCGCCGUCCAGAGCAAGGAGCAGGCUGAGCAGUGGCUGAAGGUAAUCAAAGAGGCCUACAGUGGCUGCAGUGGGCCUGUGGAUCCAGAGUGUUCUCCACCACCCAGCGCCAGCGCCCCUGUGAACAAGGCAGAACUGGAGAAGAAAUUGUCUUCAGAGAGGCCCAGCUCUGAUGGAGAAGGUGUUGUAGAAAACGGAGUCACCACGUGUAAUGGAAAAGAACAAGCAAAGAGGAAGAAACCCUCCAAGUCAGAGGCCAAGGGGACUGUGUCCAAGGUCACUGGGAAGAAAAUUACCAAGAUCAUCGGUCUGGGAAAGAAGAAGCCAUCCACAGAUGAGCAGACGUCAUCGGCAGAGGAAGAUGUGCCCACCUGUGGCUACCUAAAUGUGCUCUCUAACAGUCGCUGGCGGGAGCGCUGGUGCAGAGUGAAGGACAGCAAGCUCAUUCUCCACAAGGACAGGGCUGACCUGAAGACCCACAUCGUCUCCAUCCCUCUCCGCGGCUGCGAGGUGAUUCCAGGCUUGGAUUCUAAGCACCCAUUGACCUUCCGGCUGCUUCGAAAUGGACAGGAGGUGGCUGUCCUAGAGGCAUCAUCUUCUGAAGACAUGGGCAGAUGGAUUGGCAUCUUACUGGCUGAGACAGGGUCCUCAACAGACCCAGGAGCCCUGCACUACGACUACAUAGAUGUGGAGAUGUCAGCAAAUGUCAUCCAGACGGCUAAACAGACCUUCUGCUUUAUGAACAGGAGGGCAGUGUCCGCUAGCCCGUACCUGGGGAGCCUCUCCAAUGGCUAUGCCCAUCCCAGUGGGACAGCACUACACUAUGACGACGUCCCUUGUGUCAACGGCUCGUGGGACAUGGAUGGCGGCUUUCCUGGCUGUGGGAGCAGAGGCCCAGUGGAAGAGGUGCUUUAUGAUAACGCAGGCCUCUACGAUAACUUGCCAUCGCCGACAAUCUUUGCUCGCUCCUCUCCUGCUGACCGGAGGGCAUCUCGGCCACCCACUGACAGGCUGUCCUCUAACCACUACAAAUCCCCCACCUCCUGCAGCCCACCCUGCUCCCCAUCUGUCACUAACACCUCUUCUGUGGGGAGGGCGUCUCUCGGGCUGCACUCCCAGUUGAAGAGCAAAAAACCUCCGGUGUCAUCUAAUGGGCUUCCUGUGAAGGGGAAGGCUCCCAGCAGCCAGCAAAAAAAGGUGGAAUCUGCGGGGGGCGUGAGGCGCACAGCAUCAAAUGCCGAGCAGUACAAAUACGGUAAGAACCGGGUAGAAGCAGAUGCCAAGCGGUUACAGUCCAAAGAGGAAGAGCUACUGAAGAGAAAAGAGGCCCUGCGGAACAGGCUGGCACAGCUCCGGAAAGAGAGGAAGGACCUGAGGGCUGCCAUUGAAGUGAAUGCAGGCAGGAAGACCCAGGUGGCCCUGGAGGACAAGUUGAAGAGGUUGGAGGAAGAGUGCAAGCAGAGGGAGGCAGAGCGGGUCAGCCUGGAGCUGGAGCUGACGGAGGUCAAGGAGAGCCUGAAGAAGGCCUUGGCGGGUGGCGUCACCCUAGGACUGGCUAUCGAGCCCAAGUCAGGGACAUCAAGCCCACAGUCUCCAGUGUUUCGGCAUCGGACUCUGGAAAACUCCCCCAUCUCCAGCUGUGAUACAAGCGAUGCUGAGGGGCCUUUGCCUGUGAACAGUGCGGCCGUCCUGAAGAAGAGCCAGCCGUCCUCCAGCAGCUCCCCUUGCCGUGGGCACGUGCUGCAGAAGGCCAAGGAGUGGGAGCUGAAGAAUGGAACAUAGAGGGAGCCCAGCCACACCCAGAGACUGUGUACUGCCACCAGCCUUGCAUGUGACACGUGCGCCUCCCAAAGUGGCCCGAGCAUGACUGCAGAAGUUUAGACCGAGUCUGACGCUGACCCUUGGCUGGCUUGCGUGCACGCUUUCUACUGUACGACGGUGCCCUUUAGGAAAGUUUACUUUAAAACUUUGGUGUCCAAAUUUACUUGUUAAGAAGCAGAAAUGAAAGGGAUUGACAAGCGGUUUUGAAGCACCCUCUAGCAGAUGGGGUGGUUCUGAGGACCUCAGCUCAGUCCCAACCUGCAGCCCACGGACCGUGCGCCCCUGUGAGACGGGGUGGGCCGAGCCUUCCCCCUGUGCGGUCAGAGCUGCAUACCUCACCCUGUUUGCCAGAGGGUCCUACUCUGCAACAGCAGCAUGAGCUCCUGUGUCUCUGCAUACACACCCCUCCUCCUCCCCUCCCCACCCCCUCUCCCUUCCCCUCCCCUCCCCUUCCCUUCCUGUCCCCUGUCACUGGAGGUGAAGCCAUGAGGAAUAGUGCUGUGAAGCGACUUUAAGAUUCAGUUUUGGUUUUGGACAAGCCUUUUGUCACCAGGAUAGAGAUGUUGUCAUUCUUUUUACCAGGGUUUUUCAUGUUUGUUUUAAAGAAAAUGCCCCUGCCCUGCCCCUUUUCAUCAUGUGCUGUGCUUGGACCUUAAGGACUUUUCAGAGACCCUGUUUCCUUCCCACUGUAUGAUGUACUUUGAGAGGCUGCACAGAGCUUUCAGUCCUUGGCUAGCAUGUACCCCCUUCUCCUGACCUGAGACCCCAGCUUCCCAGGCAGGGGCUCCUGAGCCCAGGAAGCACAGCGGCCACCAUCUGCCUGUGGGUGUAACAGAGCAGGUUCUAGAACCUGUAGUUUAACCUGGCCCGUCUGUGAACAAAGACGAUCCUUCCAGAGCUCCUUCUUCAAUUUACAGUCGAAGCUGUAGAUCAGGGUGCACUCACAUGCCGCGGUUCGGAUUGCAUGGGCCCUUCCCACUCUCCCGUCUGCCUCUGCAUUUCAUAGGAUCGUUCAGCUGCUCGGGAUGCACCGUCUGCAGGUCAUGGGGGCUAGCCUCUACCCUAGGAGUUUGAGAGUCAAACUGGCUUUGGGAACUUCCAGAGUGCAGUGCGAACCUCUCC